GAACCUAACCCACACAUGUAAUGUAACAAACAUUUCCAUCUCAGAAACAAACACUUCUUCAUCUUUGAAACCAUGUCUCUCUGCAUCUUCUUCUUCUUCCAUCUCUUCUUGUUGCUGUUCCUCUCCAAUGCCCAACAAAACCAACAACUCUCAUCCUUCAACAUCUCACUCUCCCCAUGGCUCCCUUCACAGAACAGAACCCUCCACUCCCCAAAUUCCAAGUUCACUGCUGGCUUCUUCCCAGCAUCACCCACUUCUCAAAACCUCUUCACUUUCUCUGUCUGGUUCUCCAGAGUCCCUAGAACUGCAAACCCUCUUGUUUGGAGUGCUAAAACCCAAGUCAACAGCUCUGGCUCCCUUGUAAUCACCUCAAAAGGUGAGCUUCUUCUCCAAGGUUCAACUGUUAACCUUAAUUCUUCUUCCAACUCCUCACAGCUAGUUCUUCAAGACAAUGGAAACUUGGUGUUUGGGAGCUGGGAAAGCUUUGAUAACCCAACCAACACAAUCUUGCCAGCCCAGAACAUCACUCAUGUCAGGCUGAGAUCUAACAAUGGGAAAUUCAAGUUCAUUGCUGCCCAGUGUUUGGUUCUCAAUGAAAAUUCCACAUGUGACUCUAAUGAUCAGUACUAUAAAAUCCAAAGUCCAUUCCGGAGCAUGGAUGAUGAUGGGAAAAUGACCAUGGAAAGUAACUCUUUUCUCACUUCUGAUUAUGGUGACCCCAGGUUGAGGAAAUUGGUUCUUGAUGAUGAUGGGAAUCUCAGAAUCUACAGCUUCUACCCAGAGCAGGGUAACAAGUGGGUUGAGGUUUGGAGAGGGAUAUGGGAGAUGUGCAAAAUCAAAGGAAAGUGUGGAGCUAAUGCUAUCUGCAUGCCCAGAGAGGAAUAUAACUCUACUUCUUGUCUUUGCCCAUCUGGGUUCAAGCCAGUUCAAGGUGGAGCUGAAAAAGGUUGCACCUUGAAAAUCCCUCUUUCAAGAAACACCAUUUUUAUCAGGCUGGACUAUAUAAACUACACCAGUGAUGGCACUGUGAAUCAAACCAAUGCAGACAACUUCACAAUCUGUGAAUCCACCUGCAGAAGGGACCCAAAGUGUCUUGGAUUUGGGUUCAAGUAUGAUGGAUCAGGCUACUGUGCUCGGGUAUUGGGAACACAGCUUCGGUAUGGUCUCUGGUCACCAGGUUCUGAAACUGCCAUGUUUGUGAAAGUGGACCAAUCUGAAUCAGAAGCCUCCAAUUUCAUUGGCUUGACCCAAGUGAUGCAAACAUCAUGCCCUGUCAACAUAAGCCUGCCACCGCCACCUAAAGACUCAAACACCACCGCCAGAAACAUUGCCAUAAUCUGCACCCUUUUUGCUGCAGAGCUCAUAGCUGGGGUGGCUUUCUUCUGGUCUUUUCUCAAGAGAUACAUCAAGUACAGAGACAUGGCCACCACACUAGGCCUUGAGCUUCUACCUGCUGGUGGCCCCAAGAGGUUCAGUUACGCGGAGCUCAAAGCCGCAACCAAUGACUUCUCCAACCUCAUUGGCAGAGGAGGCUUUGGAGAUGUCUACAAAGGGGUUUUGGCAGACAACCGCGUUGUCGCGGUGAAGUGCCUGAAGAAUGUCACCGGCGGAGACGCUGAAUUCUGGGCAGAGGUCACCAUCAUUGCCAGGAUGCACCAUCUCAACUUGGUUCGCUUGUGGGGUUUCUGUGCUGAGAAAGGACAAAGGAUACUAAUCUAUGAAUAUAUCCCUGGUGGAUCACUGGACAAGUACUUGUUCCGGCAUAGAUCUGUGAAAUUGAAUGGUGAAACUGAUCCAGAUGUUGGCCCAACCUCACAAGGGAAGCCUGCAUUGGAUUGGCACAUGAGGUACAGAAUUGCUAUGGGUGUGGCCAGGGCAAUUGCAUACUUACAUGAGGAGUGUUUAGAGUGGGUUCUGCACUGUGACAUCAAGCCUGAGAACAUUCUAUUAGGUGAUGAUUUUUGCCCUAAGAUAUCGGAUUUCGGGCUCGCCAAGCUGAGGAAAAAGGAAGACAUGGUGACCAUGUCUAAGAGGAGGGGCACUCCUGGUUACAUGGCUCCUGAAUGGAUCACUGCUGAUCCAAUCACCUCAAAAGCUGAUGUGUUCAGCUUUGGCAUGGUGCUGUUGGAGCUUGUGAGUGGGGUGAGGAACUUUGAGAUCCAUAGCUCUGAGGUGAAGAGUGAGGAGUGGUAUUUCCCAGGGUGGGCUUUUGAUAAGAUGUUUAAGGAGAUGAGAUUGGAUGACAUUUUGGAUAGUAAGAUCAAAGAGGUUUAUGACAGUAGGGUUCAUUUUGAGUUUGUUAAUAGGAUGGUGAUGACAGCAAUGUGGUGCCUGCAGGAAAGGCCUGAGAUGAGGCCAACCAUGGGAAAAGUUGCUAAGAUGUUGGAAGGGACUGCGGAGAUCACUGAGCCCAAGAAGCCCACUGUUUUCUUCCUUGGGGAGGAGUAGAUUAUUGCUUGAGAAUUGCAGGCCUGUCUUGUUUGCUCUUGGGUUUUGGUUUCUACAUCUAUCUGCACUGCGGUAGUUUGGAAGAGUCGGUUAAAUCCUGCGGAGUUAUCACGUCUUUGGCUAAUAAACUCUUGAAGACAGUUCCAUCACACGUCCCAUACUAUUGUAAUUAUUUGUUUUGCUCUUGUAUUUACAACAUGUUAUUCCUACUCUUGUUUUUAGGAGGUGAUGCAUCCUCAAUAUUUGAAAAAUAAUGAAUAACAGAAGUGAUCAAAUGUACAA